UAUAGUCACUCCCCUUUGCCCUGAUCGUUUGGAGCUGCUGGGACUGAGUAAUAAAUGAAUUGUUAGCUAGCGACCUGUAUCAAUAACCUUACCAAAUAUUGACUCCUGUCUGUGGUAUGAAAAGGUAGCUUUGGCCAUCUCGCCUGAAGUUGUGAUCAGAAAGCUGAAGCAUGGAUUCGCCUCAGGACGACUUCUCUCCACUCAAACGCUUUGUAGUGGCCAAGAAAAAGAUAAGUGACGUGUUUGAUCAACUGCUGGAGUAUGUGAAGGAAGGUUCUGUGUUUGUAGAAGAAACUUGUCGGAAUGACGCCUUAGAGAAUAUUGCAAGUCGGGAGCAACAGGAGCAGAUUCAGGCGUAUGCCGGAAAACUGCAAACUAUAAAAGAUGUGCUGGCACGCAGACACAUGAAGGUGGCCUUCUUUGGCAGGACGAGUAAUGGGAAGAGUACAGUGGUGAAUGCCAUGCUGAGGGACCGGGUGCUGCCCAGUGGCAUGGGUCACACCACCAACUGCUUCCUGAGUGUGGAGGGCACGGACUCGAACAAUGCUUACCUCAAGACGGAGGGCUCAGAGGAGGAGAAGAGCAUCAAGACUGUGAACCAGCUGGGUCACGCUCUGCACAUGGACCAGAGUCUGGAUGCAGGCUGCCUGGUCCGAGUCUUCUGGCCCAAGACCAAGUGUGCCCUGCUCCGAGACGACCUGGUCCUUGUAGACAGCCCUGGGACAGAUGUCACCACACAGCUGGACAGCUGGAUCGACAAGUUCUGCCUGGACGCUGAUGUCUUUGUGCUGGUGGCCAACUCUGAAUCAACCCUAAUGAACACGGAGAAGCAUUUCUUCCACAAGGUGAACGAGAAGCUCUCCAAACCCAACAUCUUCAUUCUCAACAACCGCUGGGACGCCUCAGCCAAUGAGCCGGAAUACAUGGAGGAUGUUCGAAAGCAGCACACGGACCGCUGCGUCAACUUCCUGGUGGAGGAGCUGAAGGUGGUGGACCGGGAGCAGGCGCCCAACCACAUCUUCUUUGUGUCAGCCAAGGAGGUGCUCAACUCCCGCAUGCAGCGCGCCCAGGGUAUGCCAGAGUCUGGUGGAGCUUUAGCCGAAGGUUUCCAGGAGAGGCUCAAGGAGUUCCAGAGUUUCGAGAGGAUAUUUGAGGAGUGUAUCUCGCAGUCAGCAGUGAAAACAAAGUUUGAGCAGCACACGAUCAGGGCCAAGCAGAUCACUGAAACGGUCAAAGCCAUCAUGGACGCCAUCAACAUCAAGGCAGCAGAGAAGAGAGUGGCCUCAUUGGAGGACCGUGAGUACCAGAUUGACCGUCUGGAGUUUGUGACGAACCAGCUCCAGCUGCUCAUAGAAGACAUCAAGAAGAAGAUCAAGGCUGUCACAGUGGAGGUGGAGAGCAAGGUGUCCAGCGCCAUGGGCGAAGAGAUCUGUCGUCUCAACGUGCUCAUCGAGGAGUUCCGCUCAGACUUCCACCCCUUGCCCGACAUCCUCAAGCGCUACAAAUCAGAGCUGCUGAGCCACAUCGAGGAGGGCAUGGGUAAGAACCUGGCCUUCCGCUGCUCCAAUGCCGUCAACGCCUCCGUGCAGUCCUCCCAGAGAGACAUGAUCGAGAGUCUGCAGCCUCUGCUGCCCCCUGCUGUUCAGAACCAGAUACAGAUGCUGGUGCCCUGUCACAAAUUUGACCUGAGCUACGACCUGAACUGUGCCACGCUCUGCUCGGACUUCCAGGAAAACAUAGAGUUCCAGUUCUCGAUGGGUUGGACGGCGCUGGUCAACCGCUUCCUGGGGCCCACCAACGCCAAUCGGGCCCUUAUGCUGGUCGACAAGAACUUCCCGAUGACGCGCUCCCUGUCCACCACACCCUCCAGCGGACCCUCCAGUGUCGCUGUUGCCCAGCCCCAGGACGCCGCGCUCUCCCAGGAGGACCUGAUGAUGUCCGUGGCCACCAACCUGGCCUCCCUCGCCUCCCACACAUCCUUGAGCAUGGUCAUCGUCGGAGGAGUGGUGUGGCGGACGGUGGGCUGGCGGCUCAUAGCCCUGUCGGCCUCCAUGUACGGCCUGCUCUACCUGUGGGAGAAGCUCACGUGGACCACCAAGGCCAAGGAGUGCGCCCUGAAGCGCCAGUUUGUGGACUACGCCACAGAGAAGCUGCAGCUGAUUGUCAGCUUCACCAGUGCCAACUGCAGCCACCAGGUUCAGCAGGAGAUGGCCACGACCUUUGCUCGGCUGUGUCAGCAGGUUGACCUGACAAAGAGGGAGCUGGAGGGAGAGAUCAGCCGACUGACCGCCAAGGUCCAGACUCUGGAGACCGUCCAGUCCCGCUCCAAGAUCCUCCGGCACAAAGCCACAGAGUUGGAGAGGCAGUUGGAGACUUUUACAGACCAAUAUCUGAAUCCCCAUCAUUGAUGGACUGGUCCUCUUCACUGGAGCCUGUCUUGGCAUUGACUCGCCUUGCCUGGACUCCCCUCCCCCUCAGAGAAAAUAUGUCCAUGCUUGAUAGUGUUCCUCCUGGAAUUUCCCCACCUCAAAACAGAUGUUUCUCCAAGAGAUUUGUGGAAGUGUCCAGUCUUCCACACACACAUUAUUGAAGGACUUUGCAGAGAACAAACUGCCUGUUUGUUGAACGCACACAACUGCCUGUUGUGUUACAAAUACAAAACUCAAACUGAAUACAGCUCCAAAGUUGGAGACAUAAAACCUGGGCUGUGAUGAAGUUGGAGACAUAAAACCUGGGCUGUGAUGAAGUUGGAGACAUAAAACCUGGGCUGUGAUGAAGUUGGAGACAUAAAACCUGGGCUGUGAUGAAGUUGGAGACAUAAAACCUGGGCUGUGAUGAAGUUGGAGACAUAAAACCUGGGCUGUGAUGAAGUUGGAGACAUAAAACCUGGGCUGUGAUGAAGUUGGGUGCUGUAUCCUGUACAUUGAAACUACUGCUCUUUUAACUGUGAAUAUGCUUUUUACUCAUGAAGUAAUAAAUGUGUGUGUAUGUUUAGACAAAUGUAGGCAUGUGAUUUUCAUUCAGGGCUGAGUUUGUUCUGGUUCACCCUUGGUACUGGUACCCCCAUUGUAUGUGUAUGUGUGUGUGUGUGUAUAUAUAUAUAUAUAUAUAUAUAUAUAUAUAUAUAUAUGACAUUCGGAAAGAAUACAGACAGCCUUAUUAUUAGUAUACAGACAGCCUUAUUCUAAAAUGUUUUUGUUUUGCUCAUCGAUCUACACACAAUACCCCAUCAAGGCAAAGGGUGGCUACUUUGAAGAAUCUCAAAUAUAUUGAUUUAACACUUUGAUUACUACAUGAUUCCAUAGUUUUGAUGUCUUCGCUAUUAUUCAAUGUAGAAAAAUAGUUUAAAAAAUAAAGAAACCCUUGAAUAAGUAGGUGUCCAAACUUUUAUAACGUGUGUUUUUUUUUUUUUUACAAUGGGGUACCAGUGUCAAAAGGUCAACCAGAACAAAUUCAGCUCUGAAUGGAAAUCGCAUGUCUAAACACUCUCUCACAAACCCAUUUACUUCAGGAGUUAGAGAAAGGCAGAUGCAGUUCUAAAAGCUGUUGUUUUGUUAGGGACCUUCUUGAAUUCAGCGGCAAUCCAUUUGACUUAAAGAAAAUGCCUUUUCUCUUCAGAAGAAAAAUGACUUAUGAGUCAUGUCUGACUGAGGAAAUACAACACCGUGUAGAUAGUCUUAACAAGAAGCAUUUUGUAGUUUCUCUGCGGUUUGUUCCAUCAUGACAGGUCAAAUUAGUCUCCACUUUUUUUUCAUUUUUUUUCACAAGGUUUUCUUGAAUUAAUUUAAAUACCUCUUAUCAGAAUUGAUUAAAAUAUAUGCUAUGUAAUUGUCUAGAUGUGUUUUUAUUUUUUUUCUCUCCCAAGAAUAGCAUUCGUUGUAGACUCUCUAAUCGACUCAAAAUGAAACUGAAGAUGAAGGACUCCACUUAGAAGUGGAAAGGGGAUGUACAGUGCCUUAAGUAUUCAUCCCCCUUGGUGUUUUUCCUAUUUUGUUGCAUUACAUACUAACUUAAAUUGAUUUUGGGGGGAUUUCAUGUAAUGGACAUGUCCAACUUGGUGAUGUGAAACAAAUAACUUGUUCUGGAAAAAGUUAGUGGGUCUUGCAUCUGUAUUCACCCCCUUGCUAUGAAUCCCCUAAAUAAGAUCUGCUGCAACCAA